ACACGUCCAAGAGUCCUGCUUGAACUCUCACAGCUGAGUUGUGCCCAUUUCAUAGACUGAACCACUGAGCACCAGAAAGAGGAUCAACCCCACCCAAGGGCACAGGGACAGUGGGUUCCAAGCCCAUCCCGCAGGCUCAGAGAGGUGUUGAGCCUUGCACACUCACUGGAAAGUGCUCACCAGCCUCAUCUUUCCCCCAGCCCUGCAGGGAACCACAAGCCUGAGUGUGAAGCAGUGGCCCAUGUCCCUGAGGGUGACUCAGGGCGGUCAGGCCACCCUGGCCUGCCAAGUGACUCGGGCACAGUCCUGGGAGCGGCUCCGUGUGGAGUGGACCAAGGAUGGUGAUGUCAUAUGUCAGCUGCUCCUUACCAAAGGCACCCCCAGCCCUGGCAUGUGUGGGCCCAGGGCUCAGCUGUCCUGGAGGGCGCCUGAGGACAUCACCCUGAAGCUGGACCAGCUGACCCUCAAUGACAGUGGAGCCUAUGUGUGCCAGGUGACUUCGGAGAUUCCUGAGCUGGAGAAGGCUGAGGGGAACAGGACGCAGCUCCUGGUAGACACAGAUGGCGCGCGGCAGAACCAGAACCUGAACCCCAGGGUCUCAGGACUGCUCUGGCCGCUGCUGGGGGCUGGGGCCGUGGUGGUGGCCGCUGUCAGCACGCUGGGCGCCGUGAUCUGGAGUCGCUGCCGCCACCAGCGAAAGGUCUCAGAAAAUCCACUCUACAUCAAUGUCUUGUACCGGGCCCGGGGGGUCCCAAAGAGGAGCAAGGGCUGCCCUGGAGAGGGGAAGACGCUGGACACUCCCACGGAGGAACAGAAGGUCCAGGGCAUCUACUCCACCUCAUUCUCUCAGCCCUCUACCCGCCUGCAGCAGCUGGGCCCCAAACCUCACCCCAGCCCUAGGCCGGACCACCCUAUCUCUACAGUCAGGGUCUCUCCUGGUCCAGGCACCUCAAGGUAGCCCAGGCCAAGAGGGUUCCCAGAAGUCAGAAAAAGCAAUCAGAGAUCCCUGAAGACUCCAACACAAAUUGGGCCAAUGGUUCUAUACAUACCUGCACCCAGGAAAAGGUGGGGGUCAGACAGACUCCUCCCGGGACCUGUGAAGAUGGGGUUGUUCCUUUGCCUCUGGGAUAGUCAAUAAAAGGUCUUGAAGAACGCA